AACACCCUCCGCUCCCGUAUCGAGUUGCCUUCAGUAUAGCGAAGAUCGUGAACAACGCCGCCUGUGAUACGUAUUCUAGUCUUUCUGUCCUUUUUAAGUGACACCGCAAACAUGACAAGUAAAUAAGUGCUGCCCCCCAUUUUUCCCAGCUUGUGACUUGGUUUUUUUGGAUUUUCCCUCAAGUGUUAUUUUCUUAUGUGGCUAUAUUACAAACGCUAUACUUAAAGAAGAAGAAGAAACAUAAAAAAUGGAGCAGUUCGAAUCGCUGCUGACAUGCUGCGUGUGCUUGGACCGGUUCCGAAAUCCGAAGCUGCUGCCAUGCCAGCACAGCUUCUGUAUGGAACCAUGCAUGGACGGGCUGGUCGACUAUGUACGCCGACAGGUUAAAUGUCCAGAAUGUCGUGCAGAGCACCGAAUUCCUUAUCAGGGGGUGCAGGGCUUCCCUACAAAUGUCACCCUACAAAGGUUUCUGGAGCUACACGCCAACAUUGCUGGGGAACUUCCCGAUCCCACAGCUGGGCAAGUCAUGGAGAGAUGCAAUGUAUGCUCAGAAAAGGCUUAUUGCGCCCCAUGUGCCCAUUGCGACAAAAAAGUUUGUGAAGACUGCAAAUCUGCUCAUAUGGAAGUUCUGCGAAGAGAAAUCGCCCGCAUCAAUAAUCAAAUACGUCGUGGUGUAAAUAGAAUUCAAGAUAUUUUAGCUAUAGUAGAACGAAAUACAGCGAACCUCCAAACAAAUUGUGGUGCAGUAGCUGGAGAAAUAGAUGAAAUUCACAAGAGACUAUCAAAGGCUCUGAAGGACCGAACAGACUUUCUACGCAAUGAAGUCGACCGCUAUCUAGCUACUGAACUUAGAAAUUUAACACAUUUGAAGGAUAAUUUAGAGUUAGAGUUAGGUAAUAUUCAAAGUAACAGUGAUCUCGCUGAUAAGUAUAUAAAUGAUGACGUUGAAUGGGAGGACACGGAACUGGUUGACACCAAAGAAAUUUUCCUAAAAACAGUCGAGUUCCUCAGAAACUUUGAUUAUGAGGCUGGUGAUUAUAACCGUAGGAUAAGAUUUAUAAUGACUCAUGAUCCUAAUCAACUUGUCAUGCAUGUGGCUAGUUAUGGAGAGUUGAAUAUUACUCAGCCAAAUGCUUAUUCAUUGGGCAUUCAACAAACCCAAGGCCUGACGAGAUCAAAGAGUGAUCAUCGUUUAGCUACGCAAUUCCGUCAACAAGAGGAAGCGAAAGGGUGGAUGGAAAAUGAAGAACCAAUUUUAGGUGGUCGCAAGUUUGGUGAACGCCGCCCACCUCCACCAGAAAAGCAUACCAGAGAUUAUGGUACAGAUGACUACAGUGGCUAUGAAUCUGAGCAUAGACCCUCUCGGAGAUUCCGUUCGCGUUUUGUUAAAAGUCAUCAACAAGAUAAUGACUCUGACACUGAAGUAACAACCCGUGCUACGAAAUCCGAAGUAAAGGAAAAGGAAAAAGAAAAGGUCACCGAUACUGAAGAUGCCACUCGUGGUCCUCUUAGUGGAAUAUUCCGACUAAGUGACUGCCCCAGAGUUAUGCAAAGAAUAUUUGACGUAGAUAGUGGUAAAAAAAAGGAGAAGAAGGAACCACCACCACCGCCAAAGCCGGUUCAACCAGCGCCUCAACCUCAAAAACAACGUCCUCCGCCGCCAGUGAGACAACAAAGUGAGGAUGACGAAAUCACGCGCCUAAAACGACAAAACAAAGGAGCGGCUUCAUCUACAGAACCAGAUCGUGUGCCGCCGCGACCAGUAGAGGAAGAAAGAACUACGACUAGUCGCAAACCCCCGACACCAGCUCGUGAGUAUAUUUCUCAGGCCUCCAGCGACGGUGAAUCCGAUGAUGAAUCUGUUGGAUCCCUGCAAAGAAAUCAGCGGAAGAAUACCGCGCCUGCACCCAAACCGACCGUCACUAGAAGGCCGUCUGCGUCCGAUACGCCUGCUGCCCACCGGCCGGCAGCCCGAGCAGCUAGCACUGAAUCUAGCGCCUCUACAGAAAGUUCCGGCUCGGCGGUCAAACACACAGGUGCCAUUCUGAGUAUCGCAGAGUUGAAAGCAAAGUACAGCCCUGAUGAAGCGAAACCAAAACCGAGAUCUCGUUUUCUGUCCGCAGGCAAUGAAAGACCAACACCGACGACAGCCAAUGGAACAGCUGGCGGCGCACAACGGGUACAGAGUCGGUUCGUUGGGUCUCAGCGACCGACGCCCGCCCCGGCGCCCGCCGAGCCGGCACACGAGGACUCCGAUACGAGUUCUGAGGAAGAAACUGACUCCUCAGAGGAGAGCGAAGAGGAGCCUGUCACGCAAAGGAAGCCCGACAGUCAAACGAUGGCGCGAACCGACAUAGGUCCUCUCCUAGCGAGAAGUAGCAAUGCUCGAAGUGACGCACAAGAUAAUAAAACCAAAGACGCGCCUGCCCCAUCACGAUACCGAACUCGGCAGCCAUCACAACCCGAAGAAGAACCUGCUCCUCGAUACGGCGCUAGUGGCUCUUCGUACAGCAGUCGCUACGGUAGCAAACCAAAAGACGAAGAGCUAACAUCUUCAUUAGAUGACGAUACCAAAUACCCAACCGCCCGAUCGAGGUACCUCGCCUUGAAAGAAAGGCGCAAUCGUCUCGCACGUAGUAAGAGUAGCCAUACGGGUUUUGGUGGAGGUGAUGACGACGACGAUGAGCCCGUGUCUCCGACCACCGCGUCACCAUCAGCAUACCUCGCGGCUCGAUACGGCUCCGGCACGGGUGGCUCGGAGUUGUCUCGCAGCCGAUCUUCCCACGCGCUCAAAUCGAGAGAGAGUUCCCCCGAACGCCCGGUUGCCGGCGAGAAGGACGGAGCAGCCUUGAGUUCCUGGGCGAGAUACUUGAAGAGCAAGUACGGCUCGCGAGGGAAAGAGCGCGAUCCGAGCAGUACGUCUUCGAGCAACGCCCGUCGCUUGUCUCUCGGGCUGCCUUUGCGCUCGGCCAACGAGCUUGCCAGUUCUGAUGACGAUUCAAAAAACGCGGCAGGCUCCCCCAUCUCCCCUACGGCGGCUACAGCAGCGGUAGCAGGUUUCGCAGCAGCAGGUUCCUCCCCUAGGAGCCAGUACUUGCAGAAACGCCGUUUACAAUUCAGUGUGGGGAGUCGGGGGAGCGAACCGGGUUGUUUUACAUGGCCUCGUGGCAUCGCUGUAGGACCUGACAAUAUAAUGGUCGUGGCUGAUUCAUCUAACCAUCGAGUACAAGUGUUUGACUCGAAUGGUAUAUUCGUGAAGGAGUUCGGUCAGUACGGCAGCGGAGAGGGCGAGUUCGACUGUCUCGCCGGAGUCGCCGUCAACCGCAUAGGACAGUACAUCAUUGCUGAUCGGUACAACCAUCGGAUACAAGUGUUUGACCCCGCCGGGCGGUUCCUCAGAGCGUUCGGUAGUCAAGGCACUGGCGACGGCAAGUUCAACUACCCUUGGGGCAUCACCACAGAUGCCCUCGGAUUCAUAUACGUGUGUGAUAAGGAAAACCAUAGAGUUCAGGUGUUCCAAUCCGAUGGUACAUUUGUGGGCAAAUUCGGCAGCUUUGGUUCCAAACUUGGGCAGUUAGAGCAUCCUCACUACAUCGCCGUGUCCAGCACCAACCGCGUGCUGGUCUCCGACUCCAACAACCACAGGAUCCAGGUCUUCGACGUGAAUGGAAGGGUGCUGUCCUCAUUUGGAGAAGAAGGCUCUGAAGAUGGACAGUUCAAAUUCCCAAGGGGAGUAGCAGUAGACGACCAAGGCUACAUCGUGGUAGCUGACUCUGGCAACAACAGGAUCCAGAUCUUCCAUCCAGACGGGACCUUCCUGAGAGCCUUCGGGUCUUGGGGUUCCGGUGAUGGGGAGUUCAAGGGUCUGGAAGGCAUCGCUGUCAUGUCUGGUGGAAACAUUAUUGUCUGCGAUCGGGAGAACCAUAGGGUGCAGGUGUUUUAGAGAUUACUUAAUUCAACGAACGUGAAGCAUAUUAUUAUUAAUAAGUUAUACCAUUAAUUAAACGAUUUUGUAAAUAAAUGAAAGUAAUCUACCGCGUACUAGGACAACUAAAAAGUCGAAAACUUAAUUAAUAUGACUAUCACAGUUUUAUAAAUAUUUAAGAACAAUAAUCUAAAGAAGUGGAACUACUUACGAAUUUUUAAUAUUUAUUUUUAAAUUACGGAUCUUAUUAAAAACACUUAAAAAAAUUCGGAGGCCAAGUAUUUAAAUACGACUAAUUUUUUUUUACUUGUAUUUAUCUAUCUAUUUUUCACGCUCAUUUCCUAUCCCAUAUCUCCUUAAUGGCUUAUAGAAAUAUAUUUUUUAUUUUCACCAUGCAGCUUUGUAAAUUUUUUUAGGCAAUAAAAUAUCAGACUUUAAAAAAAAUCGCCUGUAAAAAUUUGUGCUAAAAAAUUGAAUACUAAAUUCAUUAUUCACAGAAUCAUGCCACUGAUAGUUUGAUUAAUAAAUUCAAUCAAUUUUGCAAAUUGCGUUCUUAUUUUUUCAAAUUAACAGCAACUUUGCGAUGUAUGUUAUAGCGAAAAUUUUAUCGUUGGAUAUACAUAUCUGAUUACGAGUAUAUUAUAAAAAGAGAGACUCUUAAUAGUACGAAAUUAAAUUUAAUUGCACGAGCAAAAAACUGUAUUAAAUUCUUCAAACUUUACUGUAAUUGUACUGUUUUGACCGAAAUUGCUAAUUUUGGACUUGGUUUCAGCGAAGUUUUAGACCCUUUUGCUUGGAAAUCAGUUUAUAUUUUGUAUCUAGUGAUUGAAAUUAUAAACUUUGGACCCCAGUUUAGGACAGUUUAGGUGGUUUUACUUAAAAUGCACUGGUCCAAAAAGGUCUGGAAUAAAAAAAAAGUUUUUUGACCAGAAAUGUAAUUAUAGUCCAUACAAAAUGACUUCUCAAGUGCCAUUUUAACUGUAUGGGUCACCUGUUCUAUCAAAAGUAUGGUUCACUUUUAAAAUAAGGACUAAAUCACACUUUUGACAUGAAAUUUGACAC